AUGUCGGUUCUUCCAGAUCUUCACCUGUGCCAUGUGCAGGCCUGUCAAGAUUUGAGCCAGCCUGAAAACCCCUUCAUUGCUCGUGUGCUUCAAGAAGCUGAUAAAAAUGAAGAAAUAAGUACAAAAGGAAUUACAUUAAAAUUAGCUGGAAAUAAUCAUCUGGUGCCUGUGCCGAGAGUUACAGAUGAUGAUCUUGGAGUUCUUGUCUCUGUCUUAGGCCAAGCUGCCUUUGUCACAGGUUUGGAUCUUGCCUAUAAUUUAUUGACUGAUGCUGGAGCAAAGACCAUGGCAACAUUCCUCCAGGAAAACUCCUCUCUGCAGUAUCUGAACUUGAUGUUCAAUGACAUUGGCACAAGUGGGGCAGAGCUGAUAGCAGGAGCACUCCAUAGCAAUCAAAGUCUUGUGCACCUGAGAAUGACUGGAAACAAAAUAAGAAACCAAGGAGGGAUGUUCUUUGCCUCAAUGUUAAAAAUUAACUCAACCUUAGAGAAGUUGGAUCUUGGAGACUGUGAUGUGGGCCUGCAGUGUCUGGUAGCAACAGCCAUAGCUCUGACUCAGAACAAAUCACUCAAAGCCAUAAACCUAAAUCGUCCUUUGCUAUCCAGCCAACAGGAAGAGACUACAGUUCAUAUAGCUCGGAUGUUGAGGAGUAAUUCUUCUCUUGUGGAACUACAUUUGGGCAAGCAUGAAAUGAAAAACUUUGGUGUAGAGCGACUGUGUGAUGCCCUGUAUGAAAACUCCAGCCUGAGAUACCUUGACCUUAGCUGUAAUAACAUAAUCUGUGAUGGUGUGAAAUUUUUGGGAGAGCUACUAAAAAUGAACCAGACCCUGGAGAUCCUGGAUCUUGGUGCAAACCGAAUAGAAGAUGUUGGAGCCAUUUACCUGAGUGAGGCCUUGGCAAUGCGGAACAGGACUCUGAAGGCGUUGUCUGUUGUAAGCAACAAUAUAACUGACAAAGGACUUGUAGCUCUUGCACAGGCAAUGCAUUCCAACAUGACACUUUCCCAUAUUUACAUCUGGGGGAACAAACUUGAUAGAAGCACCUGUGUGGCGUUCUCGGAGCUGAUCGCGGUGGGCCGGCUGCAGCUGGAGUGCACAGACGUGGCUCCCUACGAGGUGGACGGGCAGGUUCUCCUGGCAGAGCUGUCCCACGGGCUGGCCAGGCACCGCUACUGGAGCCCGCGCUCCGCCGCCGUGGCGCCCGGCGCCGCCAACGCCAGCCUGGAAAUCCUCGCGGGCUCGGAGCAUUUGUGAGCAAGGCUGCACCCCGGGGCCCUCCCCGAGCCUCAGCUUUCCCUACCUGGUUGUUAGUAAAAUAGGUUAUGUCAGUAUCACACUCGCUGCGUGCUGUUUCUUUGGGGUUUGAGUCUAGGAGGAAUCCAACAGAAAUGGCAACAGAGAGAAAGUAUCAAACAAAUGACCUCAAACUUUGUUGCUAAAUCAUGCUCCAUCUAUUAAACUCUGUAACUAUGAAAAGGUUUGUAGCCAGGCAGAGCACACUGACAAAAGCAACACCCAGGACUGCUGCUGGGCAGUGGAUCAGGUGUCCUGCAGAGUCAGAUUCCUGCUGGAGCAGAGAGCUUUGGGUAAAUCCAUUUGUUGGCACUGUUCUCCAUGAACUCUUUCCUAUUCCUUAGCAAUUGCAUCCUUUUGAUCUUCCAGUAGUGACUUUUUUUAAACCAAGGUAAGUGAACUUUAGCAUUAACCCACAACCAUGCUAGAAUUUAAAGCUGGUGAACCCAGUUUGCUGGGCUAUACAUGGAAUUUUGCUUAAAUUGUAGCAUGUACUUGUUUCUCGUACUACAAAUAGAAACCACCAAAUCUGAUGCCAUCAUUUCUUCUCAUCUCAUGAAAACUGCCUAAAAACAUUUGUAUCAUUGUAGCCCUGUGGCAAUUCCUACACAUGAGUAAGACAACAUAUGCAUGUAACGGUAAACGUUGUGUAAUGGUUUGGACAGACUUUGCAUAAGCGCUCAUUCCUGCAGAAGUGACUUAGUUUAUGUUCCUAAACAGAAAAAGUCAACCAGCAGGACAGCAGAAGUUUGCUCCAAGCCUUUCAUAAUGCAGUCCUCUGCCCCUCUAAAUGUACCUGUUAAAUAUUAGCAUAAAGUACCAGAAUGAUCUGUGACUGUACGUACACUAUCAAAGCAUAAGGGAGAAAAAUCUAAGAAAGUAAUUUCAGUACAAACAGCUGGGAAGCAGCAGUGUAACUGCUGCUGCUCUGACUCUGCAUUAUCUCUGUGGUACUGUAGGAACAGGAAGGCAUUUGGACACCUCUUCCCCAGCUGAAAUGACCAGGGCAGUUGUGAGAGCUGGUGUAGGUGGAGGUUUGUUGUUGUUUGGUUGGUUUGUUGUUUUUGUUUUCAUUGCCCCCACUCCCAAACACAAAUUACUCAGGCUUUUGCCCCAGGAGCUCCUGGUAUCCUCAGGGAUAAGCCCAGAGCAGGAAUGUUUGUUCUGCACACCUGCACAGGGCCCUCCCAGCCUGCAGUCACUGUGCUGAGCACAAAGUCCAUACAUCACCCUGUGAACACCCAGCUCCAGAGAGGAGCUUGAAUUUUAACUCUUGUUCAGCAGCAAGGAUGCAGCAACAAGAACUAAAGUUGGGGAUACACCAAACUUGAUGGUUUGAGAAGAAUCUGCUAUGAGCAGAUUUUUCCUAAAUUCCUAAAAUAAUUCCAAAUUCCUAAAUUUUGAAAUAAUUAGAUAAGCCUGUGUUGGUACUUUUCUGAGAGCUGCUGCUCUGGAUCAUUGCAAGUGCCACUCUGAUAGUGUCAGUACUGACACACUGAUGACAGAAUUUCUUGCUAUAAAUACCACUACAAGACUCAGGCAGGUUUUUUUUUUCCAUUAUCUUUCUUUUCCUUGUCAGAUAUAUGAAGUUCAGUCUAAUUUCACUGCUCAAAUUAAGUCUUAAUUUACUUUUGGGAAUGACAUCUGUUAAUCUGAGGUGGUAACAAGUACCCAACUCUACCAACAGCAGUAUUUUGGUUUUAGUGAUGUGAUGACAUGGCAACAAUAUUACAGUCAAAAUAUAUCAGGUAAAAUGGCAUCUAAAAGUGCUGGUGUAUGUGUUUGAAGUAUUUGCACUCUAUCUGAACCCUUGUUUAACAGCAGCUUGUUCAGCCCAUAAAGCCCUCUUCAUUACUGACAACAUCCAUAAAAACAACUCAUGUUUUACAGUUUUCUUUGAUAUUGCCUUGUAAGAAAGGGCUGCAGAGUAAUUCCUACCAAAUUCUGUAUAAACAGCUUCCUGGAAACUAAAACAAUUAUUUGUGCAAAACCUGUAUUGCUUAAAGAAGCCUGUGCCAGAGACUUACUUCUUCCUUCCUCUGACCUUGAAAUUCUUAGAAGAUGUAUCUUAUGUUCUUUGGAAUGAUUGAAUUUACAUGGGCUAAAUUCUUUUUGCCAUGUUCUUCUGAGUUAUUCAAAGGCUAAAGCAAGAACAACCCUGCUCUGAAAUCCAUUUUUUUAGCUUUUAGACCUCACAGUACCUUGCUGAAAGGCAGCAUUUUCUCCCCAGUUUUAGAGGGGAGGCAAAUGAAGGUAAGUGACUGAUCCAGCAGGGCAGGGGUGCU